UCCGUCGGAAAACAACACGAAGAAGAAGUGGUGAGCGCACGCUGGUGCACGCGCGUCACAUGAAGGGGAUGCAUACGCGCGGUGGCGGGGACUGAAGAUGGCGGAUAGUGAUGUUGAACCAGAGCCCGACUGGAGUAAUCGGCCUUCCAACACUGCCGAGGACACUCUCGUCGCCAUGGAAUGCUUGCUCACCACCUUGAGAGCGCUUGAAGCAACGCUCAGGCAACAAGACAUUUCGGAAAUAUCAUCCACCGAAUAUUGCGACAACUUCUGCCAGGCACUGAUGGACUACGCUGGGAGCAGGAAUUCUGUGGAACAUGGUCUUCCUCUCCUGGAGGUCUACUGCCUGGCCAUCAACUGCUUUGCUGCUGCAAGGCCACAUCUCACUGCAGACUCUGACACUGUUGCCCUGGUGUUGAAGAGACUAGCACUGAGCUGUUUUGAACUGUUGCUAUCUGUGCCUGAAAACGAAAUCCCUUAUGAGGCCUGGGUUCAAUUUCACCGCUCUGUUCAGGUGGCCCAUGAUGCCUUGUUGGAGUAUGGGAGCAUAGAUCUACAAGCCCUCCUCCAAAUCACAGGGGAGGGUGGAGCGUGGAGUAACCCUGUCCUAAGCGCCCUUCUCACCGGUCAUCCUACAACCGCAGAGGAAGUUGACGCGUACAUCUCCUUGGAGGGGGAGGGCUUCAUGGAGAUGCGAGUUAAACACCUGGAGAAAGUGGGGGAGGUGGCGAAGGCUGUGGUACUGGCUAAGGCCUGUGCUGAAUGCCAUCUUGUCUCCAACCAAACCACCUUCCGCCAGACCUAUGUCUCUCUCCUCUGCCAACUGCUGCCGGGCGAGGAGGCCAUCAUGGAGAUAUCCAGACUGGACUGUAAGGAUGUGCUGGAUAUUACAUGCAAUUUGGAGACCGAGGGGGAGGAUAACACGGCCUUCAUCCUGUGUACUACCUUCCUAACUCAACAGUUGCAGCAGCAGAGCCUGUACUGCUCCUGGGAGCUCACACUGUUGUGGAGUAAGCUGCAGAGAAGGAUCGACCCAUCUUUGGAAUCACUGCUGGAGCGUUGCCUGCAGCUAGGUGCAAUUGCUAAGACUGUCUACCAUCUGCUCUUCCUUGUGCGUGUCAUCCGGACAGAGGCAGAGGAGCUGGGUCUGGCUUCAUCUGUGGAGUUAUGUGUUAAAGCACUACAGCUCCCAAAGCAAGAGGACACAGAAACGAGGAUAUCUGUGUGCAAGACUGUAUCCUGCCUCCUACCAGACGAUCUUGAGGUGUUGCGGGCCUGCCAGCUGACAGAGUUUCUCUUAGGCCUCUCUCAUGUGGCCUUCAGCACCCUUCAAGAGCUCUAUCUGCGGCCCGAUCAGAAGUAUGACCAGGAAAAUGCCAUUAUCCCCAACUCGCUGCGGUGUGAACUGCUCCUGGCACUUAAAGCCCACUGGCCUUUCGACCCUGAAUUCUGGGACUGGAAGACACUAAAGCAUCAGUGCAUCAUGCUGCUGGGGCUUGAACCUGAGCCGGAGGAGGAAGAGGAGAAAGGGAGGGGGCAGGAGGAGGUUAGUCUUGAGCAGGAUGUAAAGGAGGAGGUGGAGACGGGAUUUGUUGAUAUGCCAAAAGAAUAUGUAAAUGGGACAAGUGGAAGCAUUGAUGGUCAUGAGAAAGAUGAAGAAAAUGACCGGGACAGUAAACCACCUUCAAAGCCAGAUGCUGAGGGUACCUCAGAGCAGGGUUCACUGCAGAAAAAAUACAAGUUCUUCUGCAAGAUUUGUAAGAAAUCUGUUACUGAGACCCGAAUCCUUCUUCACUCUAAGAGGCAUGAAGAAAACGGUGUUUCCACCUGCCCUGUCUGCCUGAAGAAGUUUAAGAGCAGAAAGGAUUUUAUCCCACACACCAAACUACACCUUCAAAUGCCAUCCAGAAGCACUCGACAGAAGAAAAAGGACAAAAAGAGGGUUGAUUUGGAUAAGGAAAUGGAGGAGGACGACUUGGAUGACUUGGAGCCUGGUGAGAUUGCCCUUGACCCAUCCUUAAUGCUGUACUACCAGUCCACACAUGAUCCUGAUGUUCUGGAGCACAUUUUAGAGCAAGCUUCAUCUGCACCCAGGAAGCCUGGUCAUGAGGAUAACAUCACAAUUGAAUACAUUAACGUUCAUUUUGAAUUGCAGAAUCGUGACAUAUACACAUGCCCUGCUACUCACUGUACAAAGACUUUUAAGCAUUCCAAGUACCUGGGUGUGCACCUUAAAUCAGAAGACCAUGUUAGCGACGAGAAUGUGAAACAUUAUUGUGAAAUGAGAGACCGUAGGGAAAAGUGCACUUACUGUCGGCGCCACUUCAUGUCUGCCUAUCACCACCGCAGGCAUCGGCGUGUGCACUACGGUGACCUGCCUUACAUGUGUAUGGUCACAGAUUGUGGUGCUCGUUUCAGCACCUCCAAUGAGCUUGUCACACAUAAGCAGAGCCAUGGCUUUCAACUUAGCUACCAGUGUGAGCUCAAAGGUUGUAGUCUUUCUUUCUGUGACUUGGGGCAGGUAUACCAUCAUGAAGCACAGCACUUUCGUGAUGCAGCAUACAGCUGCACUAGCCUUGAUUGCAAGAAGUUCUACUUUUCUAAAAAGGAAUUUGGCCGGCAUUUAGCCACACAUGGCAUUACCUUCUCUGAGGAAGACUUUGAGGCACAGAGGAAGGCCAAAAGAAAACAUCUUGACUCCAUAACAGAGGAGAUAACCAGCCCCAAAAAGUCGUGUGACAUAAAGACUGUACUGGAGGAGGUAGUCAACGGGGAAAACAAUGCUACUUUCUCUACAUGCAGUGCCUCCUCCUCACAGAUUUGCAAGGAGCCCAAGGGAACAAUGGCAUCUGUUGCUGUGUGCUUUGAUGGAAAAAAGUUCACUUGUGGUUUCGAGAGGUGUGGAUUGACCUUCUCCAAAGCUAGAGAUGUCCACCAGCACCUAAGGUGUGUUCAUCCAGAACAUUUCAAGUCUGAGAAUAAGGAACGCAAAAAUCUUAUCAAAGAGAAGGACUUGAAAUCGAAAGGUCUAAAGAUAAAAACAGAGAAGAACAACGAUGACAAGAACAAACAUGAACUUGCAGCUUGUCUGCUAAUGAAGGGGUCAAGCCAGGAAAAUGCUUCUAUUAAGAACACAGCAAUAUCUCCCUCAAGCCUGGACAAUGACCCUUUGAGAGAGAUUUUGAUUGGGCUUAGCCAGCUUAGUCUGACUCUCUCCAGCUCUACAAAUGGAUUUUGUGAGCCCUUCCAUCCAAUCUCAGGAUCCACAUCAAAGAUAUCCUGCCAGCAGGGUCUUGGUACCAGGUCCCCAGUUGUGUUUUUGCAAAAGCGAGCGCAACCCGCUGUUGGCAAGAGGGUGAAACUGACAUCAAACACUGAAUCAUCAGUAGCCCACAGUCUACCCUCAGAGCAACACUUAGAUGCAGACCAGGUCAGCCCCUUUGUUUUGCAAGCCUCUACUAAACCAUACUUCUGUGAGCUUAAUGAUUGCAACUUUAGAAGUGUGACCAGCACAACCCUAAUGCGCCACUACAUGAACAAGCAUAAUUUCUCAGAGAAGAAGGCGAAAGGAAUGAAGAUCCUCAAAUCACUGACAUUUAAGCCAUUUAAGUGUCACCUCUGCUCCAAAUGCCAUAGAGAGAAGACGGACUUGAGGGUUCAUUAUCUUCAGACGCAUAGACUUAGCGAGGCAGUUGUGGAGCAAAUGAGCUGUUGGUCUAAAAAGCGGGUUGAGGGUAAACCCCCAGAACCCACCAAGCCAACAGUCUCCAUAACACAACCCCCAGAACCCACCAAGCCAACAGUCUCCAUAAAACAACCCCCAGAACCCACCAAGCCAAUAGUCUCCUUUACACAGCCCCCAGAACACACCAAGCAAACAUCCUCCUUUACACAAAAAUCUCAGACCCCCACCUGGCAACACCCCUCCUGGCAGCAGAAGUACCAAAAAAAGAAAAUAAUGCGACAAAAUAUUGUACAAUUUGCUAAAUCUGGAGACAAGCGUAAGAAAUGCAGUCAUGCUCCAUCUUCUGUGCAGGAUCACUUCGAAGAGGAGGAAAGUGAAGAUGGAGGUAUGCGAAGAGGCAAGGGCGGCAUUUAUAUGUGCAAGCUCAAGGACUGUGGGGUUAUUUUCUCCCACACCUCCAGUCUUUAUCGCCACCAGAAGAAGUUUCAUUCGCAGGUGAUGGGACAUCCUUCCGUGCUUUCAGAAGACCCAGCUUUACAGAAGUUUAGGUGCAGCUAUGCCAACUGUAAUGCUUCUUACCUCCUGAACAGUAGCUUGGUGCGACACACAGAGAGUGAGCAUCCUAACCAGGCGACCAGUAGCUUAAAGCGUCACAGAAAAAGUGAUCAUCCUAACCAGGCGACCAGUAGCUUAAAGCGUCACAGAAAAAGUGAUCAUCCUUACCAGGCGACCUUGUGCUGCAAGUAUGACGGCUGUACACAAGUGUUCACCCAAAGCAGUAGUCUGAAAAAACAUGUACUCUCUAGCCACCUCAAUUAUUAUGAUUCACUCGUAUUACGUCUCCAGAAUACUCACAAGGACACGUCAGCCACUGGAUGCCAAAAGAAGCUGAUCAUCACAUCUACGCCACAGAAAGAUGCAACCAAGCUACCCCUCAGGCAAUCUCUAAGACACUGCCCAAAGUCUCCUGAAGAUGUUAAGGCUGAAGAAACUAGUGAAGAGCAAGAGCAAGAUGAAGAUGACGGCGAAAAUGUGUCAACUGAAAAGAAAUCCAGAAGGUUUGAAGAUAUGGUAUUCCGUUCCCAUGAGGAGGCCUUGCAGAUGUGCCAAGAUCGUUCUCAACGUAAAGCCUACCCGUGCAUGGUGCAAGGUUGUGAUUCUGUAGUGAAAUUUAUACGUAGUAUGCGCCGUCAUUAUUUGACUUGCCACAAAUUAACCAAUCAUGUUUUUGAAUUGAAUGAGGAUAAGCUUGUGUUUAGUGCAGAGCAACUGGAUGAGCUGAUUCAGAGGAAUACUGUAUUAUCUGCAUGCCCUGAUAUGACGAGGGCACCUAACGGAGUUCUGAAGAUGGAGUAUCAAGCAGAGCCAGAUAACCCUGGUGGUCCAUCUGUCCCUAUGAGUCUGCACUCCAUCGAAGCAGACACACUUGAUGAGCAUGACCCACUGGGGUUCAAAGAGGAGCCACCUGCUGAGAGGAAUGUUUUGGUGGGUGCCGAUGACUUGCUUUAUGGAGAACCUAGUGGGCACACUGAAGAGCCUGUUACUCAAAACAGCCAAGAGGAGAGGCCAAGGCGAAAAUCCUCAAACCCGCCCGCUCUUGAUCUCUCUCCACCAUCCUCCCUCCGAUUCAGUGUUGAUGAGGGCUUCAUGGACAGUUCAGGCAAAGAUGGUGGCAAACCAACAAUUUCUGUGCCAUUGCCCUCCCCUCAAGCCCGCCAGCCACUUAAACGUAAGAAUGAGCUCUCUGAGCUCCUUCCCAUUCCAAAGGACCCCCAGCCUCACAGCCCUCCCCCUCGCACAUUUGACCUGGCUGCUUAUAAACCAAUGGGAUUCGAGUCAUCUUUCCUGAAGUUCAUACAGGAGAGCACUAAGGAUGAUAUGAGGCCCCGGGCUUCUCACUGCAACAGCCACAGGCCUGAACCACCUGUGGUGUCUGCUCGGCGGCGGGAUUCCUACAGACGUAACUGUUCUGUAAAGGAGAACAGCCAGAUGGGCCUCACUACUACCCGUAGCAGGCGGGCUCGAUCUUCCCCACUUCAGCCUCUUCCCAGGACAGGGGAAUACACAUCAGUCCAGAACUUGCGCCUCAUCUUGGACAAGGCUCUGACGGGUUGUGGUGACCUAGCCAUUAAGCAGCUGCAGUACCUCAGGCCCGUGGUAGUUCUUGAGAGGCCAAGGUUUUCCACCUCCUUGCUUGACCUCUUCCCCACAAAAACUAAUGAUAAGCUACUUCUCGACAGUUCGUAGAACUGAGUACCUUUGUGUCCAAUAUAAAGACUAUCCCAGUGUUUUUUUUUUUCUAAUGUAAUUACUACUCUGAUAUUAUCAGUAUCUUUUUAAGUUGCCAAACUGAUUAGCUCAAGUACCUUAAUUGACAUACAACAGAUACGUGUGUAAAAUGAUCCUUCCCCUGAUUUUUUAAAAACUUCUUUAGAGUAUUUGUAUUACAUUUCUGUCAGGUGAUGAACGUUCUAAUGUGUAUAUAUAUGUAUAUAUAUGCGUCUUCUCACUACACAAUGAAGUUUUUUAUAAAACAUUUUCAAAUAUUAUUUAGAACGGUGUAGCUCAUUGUACCAUUUCAAUGCUAUUAAUUUGUCUGAAAAUAGCUUUCAUGGGACAGAAACAUCUCAUUUGCCCACUAAUAACUUGAGGAAAAAUGUUGUCCCCUCUGAAUAUCAAGACCCCUUUCUUUUUUUUUUCCAAUGCAGUGGGCAGAUGUGUAAUGCUUUAUAAGAAUAAUAAAUGUUUGAAUAGGCCCUUUCAAAAAUAUGAAA